AUGGGAUGGCGUGCAGGAAGCUCUGCUGCCGGUCCCAAGAGAAAGCAGCCUAUUACUGCUAAUGAUCAGGCUCCCACACAAAUCAUCGGCCAAGGCAAGGUAUACAAGAACGCCGAGGACGCGGUUGCAGAUAUCAAGAGCGGCUCUACAAUUUUGAGUUCCGGCUUCGGUCUUUGCGGCGUUGCAGAAACUAUUAUUCAGGCACUUGCGAAAAGAGGAAAUGAAGUCACCAACCUGACCGCUGUGUCUAACAACGCUGGUGCUGGAGAUGGCGGUCUUGCUUCUUUGGUCAAGUCUGGCCAAAUCACAAAGUUGAUCAUUUCAUAUCUUGGUAACAACAAGGUGCUCGAGAAGAAGUAUCUUUCUGGAGAGAUCGGCAUCGAGCUUUGUCCUCAAGGAACUCUUGCGGAGAGAAUUAGAGCUGGUGGUGCAGGUGUCCCUGCUUUCUACACCCCUACUGGUGUCAACACUGCCGUCAUGACUGGCGGUAUUCCUGUGAGAGUCGGACCUCCUGUCGAGGGCUCUACUGAGACUGUCGUGGUCGAGGCUGGUACUCCCCGCGAAACUCGCGUCUUCGACGGAAAGACCUACAACAUGGAGCGCGCCAUCAAGGGUGACGUCGGUGUUUUGAGAGCAUGGAAGGUCGACGAGGCUGGAAACUGCCGCUUCCGCUACACCACCAAGGCAUUUGGUGUUCUGGUCGCCAAGGCUGCUGCCAUCUCUAUCGUUGAGGCUGAGGAAAUUGUUCCCGUUGGCUCCAUUCACCCUGAUGAUGUCCACCUUCCUGGAAUUUACAUCGACCGUAUUGUCCCUGCCACAGCAGAGAAGGGCAUUGAGUCUAGAAUGACUCGUUCCGCGGAGGAGAAGACAACUGAGGCCCCCAAGGAAAAGUCUCCUGCUAUGAUCAGAAGAGAAAGAAUUGCCAAGCGUGCUUCUAAGGAGCUCAAGAACGGCAUGUACGUCAACUUGGGAGUUGGUAUGCCUACAUUGGCUCCAUCAUUCUUGAACGCCGAGACCAAGGUCUGGAUCCAGUCCGAGAACGGUCUCCUCGGUCUUGGCCCUUACCCUACUGAGGACGAGGUCGAUGCCGAUCUUAUCAAUGCCGGAAAGGAGACCGUCACCAUGGUCCCUGGUGGUUCCACUUUCGACUCUGCCGAGUCUUUCGCCAUGAUUCGUGGUGGUCACGUCGAUGUGUCCAUUCUCGGUGCCCUCGAGGUUAGCGCUAACGGUGAUCUUGCUAACUAUAUGAUCCCCGGCAAGGUCGUCAAGGGAAUGGGUGGUGCUAUGGACCUUGUCUCCAACCCCGAACAGACUAAGAUUGUCUGCUUGACUGACCACGUCGACAAGUACGGCAAGUCAAAGGUCGUGCAAGAAUGCUCCCUUCCUCUUACCGGAGCUCGCGUCGUCAGCACCAUCAUCACCGACCUCUGUGUCUUCCAGGUGGACCUCAAGGAUGGCGGUCUUACCCUUACCGAGCUGGCUGAGGGCGUUACUGUCGAGGACAUCAAGGCCAAGACUGAUGCAUCAUUCAAGGUCGCCAAGGACAUUCAGUCCAUGGAGUAG